CUUCAGGCCCCUCCACUUCCCUCCCUUGCCCAUCACCAACCCCAGGACUCUGUUUCCCCUUCAGGACCCCUCUACACCUUACCUACGUCUCUCCUUACUUUUCCUCUCUCCCAUUUCCACUGUCCUACCCACACCCGUCUCUUCUCCCUCAUCCCCCACACUUCUCUCCCAACCCCCACUCUCCCUCCUCCUCUUCCAGCCCCGCCCCAUUUCUCCCCCUGCGCCUGCGCACUGUGCUCACCCUUGCGGUGGCGGCAGCGGCGGCUGCAGCACGAGGUGCAGAGGCGGAGCCCAUGGUGUAUGCGUGGGUGGGCACAAGGCCUUGCCUCCAGCGGCCACAUCACCAUGGCAGCCCCCGAGUUCUCCUCAGCCCCCUCUAAUGAGCAGUUCACAGGAAUCAAAGAGCUAAAGGCAACACAAGAGAAAGGGCUGGAGGAGCCAGACAGGGUCCCGAAAGCGUUAGACCUGCACAGUGCUGCUCGUGAGCCCGAGGCCACCGGCAGCCAGGGGCCACUGCAGGCCCUGCUCCUGGAAGGGCAGCUGCAGCUGGAGCUGGUGGCGACCCCGGCCGAGGAUGACAAGCACGCCCUGACCCUGCAGACUGUGCACUUGGCUUCGGGAGACCUGGGCCUGCUGAGUACGGGCUGGCUGGGCACAGAGCACCUGCAAGAGGUGCAGGUGGAGGUGCAGGAGGUUGGGGGUGUGCUGCCGGCGCUGCUGUGGCUGAGCGGGGAACCCCAGCAGAGCGAGCAGCAGUGUGUGGCCAUCACUGUCCAGGAGGAGCUGUCCCCACAGCAGGAGCUGGAGGUGAAUUUCCAUCUGCUGGGGGAGAGCUUGGCGGUGGUCAAAGAAGACCCUAAGCCAGCGCUGGAGAAAGGUCAGGAGGGCCAGCUGGUGGCUGAAGGAGGAGGGGCUCAAACAGCAGAAGAGCAGCUCUUUCUGGUGGAAGCCAGGCCUGGAGAUGAAGGAAGAGACGAAAUUAUUUUUACCGUUUCCACUUUAAACGUGGAAGAACAGAAAGAAAAGCCUGCACUGGGUCAAGCUAAUAUUGAAAAACCCAGCUCUACAAAAAGUCAGAGAAAAACAAAUGGAACAAAACAAAUCUUCCAGUGCAACCUCUGCGUGUUCACGUCUUCUAGACUCUCGAGCUUUAAUCGCCACAUGAAGAUUCACACCAGCGAGAAGCCCCACACGUGCCACCUUUGCCUGAAGACUUUCCGCACCGUCACACUCCUCCGGAACCACAUCAACGCCCACACAGGAACCAGACCCUUCAAGUGUGGGGACUGUGACAGGGCGUUUGUCACCAGCGGAGAGCUUGUCCGGCACAGGCGCUACAAGCACACUCAUGAGAAGCCUUUCAAAUGCACCCUGUGCAAGUACGCGAGUGUGGAGGCCAGCAAGCUGAAGCGCCACAUCCGCUCACACACAGGCGAGCGUCCCUUCCAGUGCCUGCUCUGCAGCUACGCCAGCCGGGACACCUACAAGCUCAAGCGCCACAUGCGCAUCCACUCAGGUGAGAAGCCCUACGAGUGUCACGUCUGCCACGCCCGGUUCACCCAGAGCGGCACCAUGAAGAUACACGUCCUCCAGAAGCACGGCGAGAACGUGCCCAAGUACCAGUGUCCUCACUGUGCCGCCAUCAUUGCAAGGAAGAGCGACCUGCGUGUGCACCUGCGGAACCUGCACACGUACCACGCCACGGAGAUUCAGUGCCGCUAUUGCCCGGCCACCUUCCACGAGCGCUACGCCCUCAUGCAGCACCAGAAGACCCACAAGAACGAGAAGAGGUUCAAGUGUGAGCACUGCAGCUACGCCUGCAAGCAGGAGCGGCACCUGGCAGUCCACGUCCGCACCCACACCAGAGAGAAGCCCUUCACCUGCUCGGCCUGCCACAGACACUUCCAGCAGAAGUCGCUUCUGGACACACAUUUCCAGAAACACCACGCUGUGGGUUUCCGCCCGACGGUCCACGAGUGCCCCAAGUGCGGCAGGGGCUUCUCCCGCUGGAGUAGCAUGCACAGACACUCGGAGAAGUGCAGCGCGGCGCAGGGGACAUCGGCCACCUCAGGGAGAGGAGGACGGGCGGAAAAGAGAAAGCAGGAAGCCCGCGGAGACGCAGGAGAGGACCACGAAGCCACCACGGAGGAGGGACAGCUCCAGGCCGAGGCCGCUCCCACUGACCACAGAGAGGCCACAGCCGAAAGUGGGGUCCCGGAAGGAAACUUGAGCUGCGAGGUGAUCUUCGACAUGAUGGUUAAGUGACGGGGAUUCCUUUCUGUAGCCUCUCACUCCCCAAACAAGUUAAAAAUUGUACCGUCUUUGUAACAGGUGCUAGUUACGGCUUUUCCAGAGUUUGCAGCAGUGUUUAGGAUUGUUUGCCCAUUUGAGGAUAAAUAGUUCCAAAACGAGUGGCAGAUGUUGUAGAAAAAACAUAAACCUUUGAGAACACCCACACCUAUGAAUUCACUUAAUUCUGACAAAGGUGGCCCCAGGAAUGGUGAUCAUUUUGGAGAAUAAUUAUCUCCACAGUAGAUCAAACCGGCUGCGCUUCAGCAGACAGCCAGGGCUGGAAAACUUUUAAUUUGAAUUGUACGCACUUGCAACAUUUCUAAUAUUAUGGUUUUUAUACAUUAAAAGACUAAUUUUUUAUCCUUUUCCCACAAAUGAAUUUUCCAUUAAAUUUAAAGCUACCACAAUGCUUUUAAUUAGCUCUAAAUUCAAAUGAUUUUAAUGUUAUUUUUAAAAGUGAGAAAUUAGACUACGACAAAGUCAUGAGUUACAUGUUUUUACUGCAAUGUAGGAGGGAGGCUCCACUCGGAAGUUUUAUUCUCUCUUAAUUGUAUUUUUGGCAGUUAGGAAAUUGCCCCUGGUUAUAUUCCAUUAUUUUUUAUUACUACUUCAGUC